UCGUGCUUCCUGCCUUUGCGAGGGAGGGGAAGGUGCUGACGGCUGGGAGGACGAAAGGAGAGACAAGAAAGCUUUUGGGAAGCUAAUAGAGAGAGGGGAACGGCCCGGGUUUCCACCGUCCGUCGGGAUAUAAACACCCCAAUUUUCUGUAGCUGCUGAAUCCGUCACCGAAUCGGCGCUGAAAAUGUCUGCCAUUCGUCAGCUGAGCGAGAGCAGGGCCAUCCCGACCAGGACGGUGUUGAUCAACGACACAACGCAGCUACCUCAUGACUAUUGUACCACCCCUGGAGGCACUUUAUUUUCUACCACUCCCGGAGGAACCCGGAUCAUCUAUGACCGUAAGUUCCUGCUGGACAGGCGUAAUUCUCCCAUCGCCCAGACUCCCCCAGCUCACCUGCCUGUCAUCCCCGGAGUGACUAGCCAACAUGUCCUGAGCGAGAACCAGAAGAACGAAGCCAACAACCACAUCAACAACCAUGAUGGCAAGCCCACAACCGGUGAUGAUGCCCAGUUUGAAAUGGACAUCUAACUGACUGGAACCUCACCAGCAGAAGCAAAUGACCUGGCAUUACCUGUGCCAGAGGCUUGGCUUGUAGAAACCAAUGUUGUGAGCCCUCAUGGCAGCCAUCUUCUUUAGCUCUCUGUCUCGCUGCUGGAUGUAAUGUGUGUGUAAACCAUGGGGUUUCAGUACAUCAUACAUACAAUUGCAACUCUGUGUGGCCAACCCCUGGAAGCUCGGUUUAUUUGUUAUGGUUAGCAGUCACUACCACACAGCUAGGAAGCAGGCCUGAAUAUUAAUUGCCCAGACACUUUGUCCAAUUAGUAGAUUGCAGUGCUCAUCUUACAGCUUUGUGAGGAACAGAUUAUAUUCCAAAAUUAAAGGGAGAAAGUUUGGACAAAGGGGUCAUCUCUAGUACUGGCCUUAGAAUCAGUCAAAAGCUUUGAUAUUCAUCACAGUCUCUGGUUUGAAAGACCCUUGUGAGCAUGUUUAUUUAAGUGAUUUUGUCUUUGGAACUACUUGAAAAGCUCCACAAUCGAAUAUUGGUUGUUUGGUCUGUUUAGUUUCCUGUGAUGAUCUGUAAAGGGAUGCUGAGUUUUUUUUAUUUUUUAUUUUGAAAUAAGUUGAAGAUGUCAUGCCAUUCCAUUAUUUAAGUAACUUUACAAACACAAUUUAAUAUUUUCAGGAAUACAUCUUCAUUUAACUGAACUUUAGGAUGCAAUUUUAAUUGCAUUGUAAGAUCAAGUGAUUGUAUUUCCUAAUACAUGAUACGCUUACUGUAAAUCCGGCAAGUGAAACAAGCUUUUCUUUAAAAACAGAUACAUUUCAGUGUAGAAUAUCAGUAUGAAGAUACAAGCUAACUUCAUGGCCCUGUCCCAAUAUCUGCACUUCUACACUUGGAUGUUGAAAGUGCUCUUAGUAUAGUGACUUUGUAAAGGACUGAAGCUGUCCAGAGCAGAACUGGGACAGUUGUGUGCAAGUUACUGAUGUACUGUAGUUGCAUUGUUUGCGGUACUAUACCUGCAACACAGUACUGCUGCUAAAAUAGAUAAGACCAUUGUAUUAGGGCCUGUGUUCAAAGCCACAGCGCCAACAGCCUCUGUUCCAGAGCUGUUCUUACCAGUGUUUGUUGUUGCAAGGUUACAAAAGUAGACUUAAGCUUCUCUUUGUGCUGCAACAUUGCUUAUAAACAGCUGUAUGCACUUCAUGUUCUCCUAAAUUUAUGGAAAAAUCCAGGAAGCAUCAAAGAAGUGUGCAGAACAAAUGUCCACACAGCUGUAGACUUGAAAAUUACAACCUGGAAAUGACAAAAAACAUCUGCAUUUCCUCCACCACUGCUGUUCACAAAGCAGAUGUCCCACUCCUUCUUGAUUUUGAUUGGUCAGCGAGGGAGAAGUGACAUUGACGAGCAUUGUGAUGUCCCAAAAGUUUUUUUAACUGAACGCUCUAUGACAAAAAAAUACCAGACGUUGACUGCGCUUUAGCUCUCAGGAUUCAUCAGUUUUAUAUUGAAAAUUAGUGCUGCCAUUGCAAUAAAAAGCAGCUUUGGACACAGGCCCUUAUCAGGAGGCAUUAAUUUGACAAAAUAAUAAAUUUAGUGUCCAGAGGUUGGCGCUGUUGCCUCACAGCAAGAAGGUUGUGUAUGCAUAGGUUCUCUCCGGGUACUCCAGCUUCCUCCCACCACCAAAGACAUACUCUUUAGGUU